AUGCCUAUUAUUACGUGGAGAUCAAUUGACGAAAGUCUAUCCUUGAAAUGGAAGAUUGUUGUCACGCUCCUGACAAUCUACACUGUCCGUAUCAUAGGAGGUCGCAUUACCAAAGAACGAGCAAGGCGGAAGUUCCGCGAAAGACACGGCUGCUUUCCAGUGACAUGCCAACUGCCACUCAAGGAUCCAUUCUUUGGCAUCGACUUCAUCUUGAAGUUAAUGGAGGUGUUUAAAGAAAAGCGACUUUUGGAAACAUUUGCCAAUGACCUUUACAAGACAGUUGGUACCACCUUUCUCGUGGAACGUGGUUCUCAGCAGACCAUAUUCACAAUCGACCCGGAAAACAUCAAGACAGUCCUUGCUCUCAAGUUCAAAGACUACGGACUUGCUUUCCGAGCCCCAUUGUUCAAUCCCGUCACCGGAGGUGGCAUGUUUGUUUCUGAUGGCGAAGAAUGGGCGCACUCACGGGCUUUGAUGCGUCCAACCUUUGCCCGUGAUCAAGUGGCCGACCUCGGCUUGACAGACCGACACGUCAGAGACCUUGUGUCAAAGAUACCCAUCAACACUGCUUUCAAUUUGCAGGAACUUCUCUUCGACUUCACCAUGGACACUGGUACUGAGUUCCUCUUUGGCGAGUCAACAGAUACACUUUGCAACCCUACCAAAGCAAGCCAACAGUUUACCAAAGCCUUUGACUUUACUCUCAAAGAUGUGGCUUACCAGGCAAGACUGGGCCCAUUCCGUCGCUUCCAAGGCUCUCGAAGAGCUGCACAUGAUGCCUACCAGGUCUGUCGCUCCUAUGUCGAGCGCUAUGUUGAUCAAGCUAUGGCUCUUCGCACAUCGACUUCGGUGGGAGAAGUGCCAAAAGAUCAUGAAUCACAAAAUCGACACGAUAGUCUGCUGAGGCAGCUUGCUAGUUCGGGCGUAUCAAAGGAAAAGAUACGUGCAGAGCUACUGAGCGUCUUGAUAGCGGCAAGAGAUACGACUUCCAAUCUGUUGGGUAAUCUCUUUUUUGUGCUUGCACGCAGACCAGAUAUCUGGGCCAAGAUUCGAGAUGAAGUUAAACAUUUAGACACCAACGUACCAACAUAUGAGCAGCUUCGUCAUCUUACAUAUGCCAAAUACUGCAUCAACGAAUCAUUGCGCCUUCAUCCUCCCGUGCCCAGUAAUGGGCGCAUGGCAUAUCGAGAUACAAUUCUUCCUCGUGGUGGUGGCCCAAACGGUGAUCAGCCCAUUCAUAUUCCCAAAGGCUCCAUGGUGAAUUACACUGUCUAUGCCAUGCAUCGCCGCAAAGAUCUAUAUGGUCAAGAUGCUGAAGAAUUUCGUCCUGAGAGAUGGGAGUCUCUUAGACCCUCGUGGUUCUUCCUACCUUUCAACGGGGGCCCACGUAUUUGUCUUGGUCAACAAUACGCUAUUACUGAAUCUUUAUUGGUCAUGAUGCGGUUCGCUCAAAAGUUUGCAUCAAUACGAUCGAUGGACACAAAGCCCUGGACCGAGGAGAUCGCGCUUGGCUGUGGCAAUGCUAAUGGGGUCUAUGUUUCGUUCCAGAGAGUAUAG